GCCCGCCCCGGAAGAGGCGGAGCAGGGAGGGCUAGGCUCUGAUUGGCUGAUCUGAACGGUGCGCGCUCGGCGCGAGUUUUGGCAGCUCCGGGUGUCUGGAACGGCAGGAUGGCGGCUCGGAGAAGCUUGAGAUUCCCGGGUGCAAAAUGUUCCAAGAACACUCUGGGGAGAACACAUUCUAGGAAGCAGAAGGCUGGUCAAAAGCACAAGCCUAAAGAUGUGUUUGACUUUCCUGAUAAUUCUGAUGUCUCAAGCAUACUGGGAGAAAUGGAGGAAGAAGAGGAACCGUAUGAGUCCUUUGACCCUCCUCUGCACAGCACUGCUAUCGAUGUUGAAGAGGAGCUGUCCAAACACAGUGGGUCCUCAGCCUCUCCAGUCACUCAUGGAAGAGAAGACGCCAGAAGCUCGAGCCCUUCUGAAAAAGAAGCAGGUGGAAGCAAGUCUGCAAAGACCAGUGCUAAAAAGCCACGGAGAAAGCUGGAGCCCAUCAGCGAUGAGUUUGAGAGCUCUGAAGAUGACGUGAGGAGGAAAGUGGGGUCCACAGAGAGAGCAAGGGCUCGACAGCACCAGGCUGCUCCUGCAGCCUCUGCAGCACCCCCCUCAAGGCCAAGCAAGCGUGCGGCUCCUGAGAGGGCAAGGGCCCACAGCGCUCAGCCCUUGGCUGCGGAAGAGACUCGAGCAGUACAAAGACAGCUGAAAACUCCGAAGAAAGUGAGGCUGUCUCCCGGCAGAAGGAGGAAAUCAAGAAGUGAACCCACAGACUCCGGUGCUUCUGAAAGCAUGCAUAUUUGGUGUCUGGAAGGAAAGAGACGUGGCGACAUCAUGGAGUUGGAUGUUAUCCUGUCUGUAUUUGAGAAAACCUUCCUGGAGUAUAAACAAAGAAUAGAAUCUGAAAGAUGCAGUCAAGCUGUCAACAAAUUUUACUUUAAGAUUAAAGGAGAACUCAUCAGAAUGCUUAAAGAAGUCCAGGUGCUGAAGGCUCUGAAGAGGAAGAACACCAAGAUCAUUUCCAACAUGGAAAAGAAACGGCAGCGUUUGAUUGAAGUCCAGGAUGAACUGCUUCGAUUAGAACCACAACUGAAACAACUACAAACAAAAUAUGAUGACCUUGAGGAGAGAAAGUCGUCACUUAAGAAUUCCACGAAUUUCUUAUCUAAUUUAAAACAGCUGUACCAUGACUAUUCAGAAGUUCAAGAGAAAGAGCCAAAGGAAAAGGAGAAGUAUGACUCAUCUAGCCUUCCAGCUCUAUUGUUUAAAGCAAGAACGAUUCUGGGAGCCGAAAACCACCUAAAAACCAUCAACUACCAGCUGGGGAAGCUCCUUGAGCAGGAAUGAGAAGACCAUAAGCUGAGUCAGUCUCCUGCUGCCAUCUCUCCUGAAGCUGCACUCUGGACAACCAAACUUCCUCAGCAGAAUUUAUUACCAUUUUGUCAUUCAGACUAGAUAACACCAGUUCAACUGUCCAACCAUUCAGAAGCCAUAGUUAUAGUUCUGAUUAUUGGUAAUAAAGUCCAAUCUCUUGA